AUGCGAAAGAUUUUCUCUUUUAAGUUUUCAGAUAUACAGGCCAGCGAGGAAAGAGUAGUCUGGGCGUUAGGACUCUUCAUCGGAGCCCGUGGGGACGGCGAAGGCCGCGGUGGCCGUGGUCUGGCAUGGUUACGGAGUGGUGAAGAUGGGUAUUUACGAGGGUAUUAUGGGUUUAAGUUUAAGUUUAAUAUCCAAGCUGGUUCGGAUUCUACAGAGGUGGCAACAGAUAUGAUCACCAUCAACUCCACAGUGAAAAUGAUUUAUCGAAGCACAGGAACGUUUUUUGGAGUCCAUGUCAUCUCAACUCCUCUUGAUCUCUCAUAUUCACAAAUCACCAUUGCUUCAGGAACAAAAUUUUAUCAAUCGAGGAAGAGCCAAAGGUCUGUAACUGUAACUGUAACUGUUAUGGGAAACAAGGUUCCAUUGUACAGAAGUGGAGCAAGUUUGAGCAGUUCAACAGGAAUGACAACGCAUUCAGUUUCGCUGAAACUGAGCUUCAUUGUCCGAUCAAGAGCUUAUGUGCUGGGGAAACUGGUGAAGCCAAAGUUCAACAAGAAAAUUGAACGUGACAUAACUUACGAUCCCAAGAAACCCAAUGCUCCCAUUUCACUCAAGAAAUCUUGCACAUACGAUUCAUAA